CCUGUCCUGUGGUGCGUCCUCGAGCUUGACCCUCUUGUGACAACUGCGCGCGGGGUGCAUCUUCCCGCUCUUGGUGCCACUGCUUCCCAGCUGUGGAUAUUACAUGUGUGGACACAUAAUUGCCUUUCCUGCUGUAGUGCUUCGCAGGCCACGAAAUCCAAUGGUUUGAUUAUGACAUGAUUCAUCUGGGUCCUGCAUUGUAUCACCCCAUUGACUUUUGGGGAGACAUUGUGGAUUUAUCCUUCACUCAUGCUCCUAUAUGCAACCUAAUUCUCUAUAGCCAAUAGCAGUACAGCACAGGGGAAGAUGUAUUGUACACGAAGGAAACGACUCCAGCUGAGCCGUGUUCUGUUCCUCAUUUCUGGGCUCUUGAUAUGUUGCGUAUAUCAGUUGACCAUCAGUGCCAGAAUGUCAGAGUCCUGGGCAGCUUCACAGAUGGGCGAGGAUCCUCAAGUGGUCCAAACAGAUACAUUGGAAGCUCAAACCAGGACUGUGGAGGAAGUGGACCUCAACACUCAUUCCGAAGUGGACGAGCUGUCAGGCCAUACAACACCAGAGGCAUUACCCUUUGAAAUGACUUCUGAUACCACGACUUUCAUGACCACCACAGAGGAUACCCCAUCCACAACUACAAAACGGAUUAUCGUGCACUGUAUCUAUGUGGAUCCAGCACCACCCAAACCCACAGAGGCUCCCACACCCCCACCAACAUCCGCAGUACCCAACACCACGCUCUCUGCCCCUGGGGAUGCCCCACACAUAAAGGGAGACUACCCCCAGGACCUAUUCACUGUGGAAGACCGUAGGAGAGGCUGGGUGAUCCUACACAUCAGUGGAAUGAUCUACAUGUUUGUUUCCCUUGCCAUCGUGUGUGAUGAGUUCUUCGUUCCAGCCUUGGGAGUGAUUACAGACAAACUGGCCAUCUCCGACGACGUGGCAGGGGCCACCUUCAUGGCUGCAGGGGGCUCUGCCCCGGAACUCUUCACCUCCCUGAUCGGUGUCUUUAUCUCACACAGCAACGUUGGCAUCGGCACCAUCGUGGGCUCAGCGGUCUUCAACAUUCUGUUUGUGAUUGGCAUGUGUGCCGUCUUCUCCAGAGAGAUGCUCCAUCUCACCUGGUGGCCUCUGUUCCGCGAUGUGUCUUUCUACAUCAUCGAUCUGAUCAUGCUCAUCAUUUUCUUUCUGGAUAAUACCAUCAUGUGGUGGGAGAGUGUAAUGCUGGUGGGUGGGUACACCUCUUAUGUGUGCUUUAUGAAGUUCAAUGUACAAAUAGAGCGUGCCUUCAAGUCCCAACUUAUGAAACACAAGAGCAUUAUGAAAGUCAUCGCUAUCGAGGAACCUGACAAGAAUGACGUGGCAUCAGUCGAAGAGAACCCACCUCCCGAACCAGAUAACAAGAAUCGACUGAAGUUGAAGCCAGCCCUUCAGCGAGGCGGCAGCUCAGCCUCCCUGCACAACAGCACCAUGAGGACCACCAUCUUCCAGCUGAUGAUCCACACGCUAGACCCUUUAGGUGAAGGAAAGUUUAAGGAAAAGGCAGAGAUUCUGAACAGCAUGGCCAGGGGGAAAGUGGAGACAAAACCCAAAUCUGACGAGGGAGAAAAAAAAAGUGACCCGCCCAAGGAGCCUGCUGUGAAGGAGCAGCCUGGGGGCCUGAAGGAUGAUGAGGAGGCUAAGGGAGAGGGUGGCUCUGACAGCUCUGAUGACAGUGAUGAUGAGGAUGAUGACAGCGAAGAGGACAGUGAUGAAGACAGUGAGGAUGAAGAGGAAGCUGAGGAUGAUGCCGUUGAAGACAAAGAGGAUAAUGAAGAUGAAAAUGAUGAACCUUUGUCUUUAGAGUGGCCGGAAACACCACGUAAACAAGCCACCUAUCUUUUCCUGCUGCCCAUAAUCUUCCCUCUGUGGCUGACAGUUCCGGAUGUCCGCAACCCAAAAUCCAAGAAAUUCUUUGCGAUGACCUUCCUAGGUUCUAUUGCAUGGAUCGCUGUGUUUUCCUAUCUCAUGGUGUGGUGGGCGCAUCAGGUGGGUGAGACAAUCGGAAUCUCAGAAGAGAUCAUGGGUCUGACCAUCCUGGCGGCGGGGACGUCUAUCCCCGACCUCAUCACCAGCGUGAUCGUGGCCCGGAAAGGUCUGGGAGACAUGGCCGUCUCCAGCUCAGUGGGGAGCAAUAUCUUUGACAUCACAGUGGGCCUGCCUGUCCCAUGGCUGAUGUACUCUAGUUUCCAUGGUUUCGCUCCGGUGCAGGUCAGCAGCAAUGGGCUUUUCUGCGCCAUCGUGUUGCUCUUCCUCAUGCUCCUGUUUGUCAUCAUCUCCAUCGCCGUCUGCAAGUGGAAGAUGAACAAAAUGCUGGGCUCCACCAUGUUCCUGCUCUACUUUGUGUUCCUGGUGCUCAGCGUGAUGCUGGAAGACCGCAUCAUCAUGUGCCCUGUGUCCAUCUGAGAGCGCCGGACCAGAGAUGACCACCAUGUCAGGAGAGGUGUUCGGCUCUGGAGAUCCACAGAACGUGUGCAAAUCAACAUACUACACUGGCUCCAUAUCGAUUGCCACAGCAGUGUGUCAGCAUACACAGGCUAUGGCACUCAAUGUACAUUAGGAUACUCACUGUUAGUCACUAUGGCAGCUUAACCUGGACAAUAUUAUCUCUGCAGUAUGGUAUAGGUCAAUAUCACUCAGACUGGACCAAUCACUACAAUGCAUUAGUUUUAUAAACUUAGCACAGAUAUUUGUCCAAUCCCAAUUCAUUUUGUCACGUCAUUUGUCAAUAUGUAUGUUAAACUCACUCUGAUUUUGUGAUGUUCAAUAUUUAGCUGACUGAUUUAAUGAUGACUAAUUGUGUACGUGCUUUAUGUGAAGCACAUUAGUUGAAUUGUCUUUUCGUUUUGAUUAAGUCAGGUUAACAUACUGUCCUCGAUGGUCUCAUGAGUUUGCCCAUAGAGUACUAGUCUAGUGAAUGUAUGCAUCCAGAUGUUACAAAAACAGCUCACCCAGCUUAAACAUGAAACCAUUUUUUCCCCCAUUUACACAGGACCAGCCAAAACAUAUUACUCAUUU